UCACCUUUCAUUACCGCAGCGCCGGCUACUUUGUGUCUUAAACGACGUCGCUUUUCCGAAGGUAAGACGCGCGGCUGGAUUCCUCCGCAGUAAGAGCCUAGCGCUAUGCUCUCCCCUCUGAUGGGAAGCCAACUAUGACACUGUAUUCGUAUUUACAGCGGACACACUGAGGGUCCGAAAUAUAGGAUGAUUACAAUGUUAAAGCCACACGGUCUGCGUGAGAUUCAUUUUAGAGGGCGAUGGCACUUUUACCUUGAAGCGAUCCUCCCGUUACAUUCAGGGGGACGUGAGAGGGGGACGCUGGAUGAACGGGUGUCAUUCUCCCCCCCAUCACAAACUCACUCGCUUUAUUGUAUGCGUACCCCAUUUUUUGGGUCGACUUAAAACGGUACAAGCUCAUUGGCAAGUCAUGGGCCCCGAUUAAAUGAUUUGUUCGGCGAGGUUCUGAUCGGUAACCUUGAUGUUACACACGCUUUGUUAAAUCCCUGAUGGGUGUGAACCAAACGAAGAGGCAGGAGGCUGUUUUUGGAUAUCUGAGAUUCGCAACAUUUCCUGACAGGAAGACCCGCUGCCCUGCCUACUGUCCGUCCGGCCCGCUGUCUGUCCGUCCGGUGGAAAGAAAGCCUUUCUGCCUCCCAAUGUCCAGAACGUUUAAUCCAAGCGGAGAAACAGACAAUCGUUUCCAUACGAUAGAGGCGCUAUGAUUCCCGUAACGGAAUUCCGACAGUUCUCGGAGCAGCAGCCGGCGUUCCGCGUUCUGAAGCCGUGGUGGGACGUGUUCACGGACUACCUCUCCGUCGUCAUGCUCAUGAUCGGAGUGUUCGGCUGCACGCUACAGGUCAUGCAGGAUAAGAUCAUCUGCCUGCCCCAGAGGACCGCGGCCUCCAACCAGACGGCAGCGCUGCCCAACCGGACGGAGCCGGAGGACGUGUCCCUGCUGGCCUACCAGGAGAUGACGGGGCUGAAGACAGACCUGGACCUGCAGCAGUACAGCUUCAUCAACCAGAUGUGCUACGAGAAGGCGCUGCACUGGUACGCCAAGUAUUUCCCCUACCUGGUGCUCAUCCACACGGUCAUCUUCAUGGUCUGCAGCAACUUCUGGUUCAAGUUCCCUGGCUCCAGCUCCAAGAUAGAACACUUCAUCUCCAUCCUGGGGAAGUGCUUCGACUCCCCGUGGACCACCAGAGCCCUGUCCGAGGUGUCCGGUGAGAACCCGGAGGAGAAGGACCACCAGAAGCUGAGCGCCAGCCGCUGCAGCAUCAGCGUGGCUCCGGAGGAGAAGGUCACCCUGGAGAAGACCCAGUCCCUGCGCUCCAUCCCCGAGAAAAUCGUGGUGGACAAGCCCACCGCCAGCGCCAUGGACAAGAAGGAGGGCGAGCAGGCCAAGGCGCUCUUCGAGAAGGUCAAGAAGUUCCGUUUGCACGUGGAGGAGGGGGACAUCCUGUACAUCAUGUACGUCCGCCAGACCGUGGUCAAGGUCUUCAAGUUCCUCCUCAUCCUGGCCUACAACAGCAUCCUGGUGUCGGAGGUCCAGAUCACGGUCAAGUGCCACGUGGACAUCCAAGACAUGACGGGCUACGCGGACUUCUCCUGCAACCACACCAUGGCGCACCUGUUCUCCAAGCUGUCCUACUGCUACCUGUGCUUCGUGGCCGUCUACGGCCUCACCAGCCUCUACACCUCCUACUGGCUCUUCUACCGCUCCCUCAAGGAGUACUCCUUCGAGUACGUGCGCCAAGAGACGGGCAUCGACGACAUCCCCGACGUCAAGAACGACUUCGCCUUCAUGCUGCACAUGAUCGACCAGUACGACCCGCUGUACUCCAAGCGCUUCGCCGUGUUCCUGUCGGAGGUGAGCGAGAACAAGCUGAAGCAGCUCAACCUCAACCACGAGUGGACGGCGGAGAAGCUGCGCCAGCGGCUGGUGACCAACGCCCACAACCGUCUGGAGCUGCAGCUCUUCAUGCUCUCCGGUUUGCCCGACACCAUCUUCGAGGUGACCGAGCUGCAGUCGCUCAAGCUGGAGAUCCUCUACAACGUCACCAUGCCCGCCUCGGUCUCCAAGCUGGAGGACCUCCAGGAGCUGUCGCUAUACCAGUGCUGCCUGAAGCUGCACACCACCGCCACCUCCUUCCUCAAGGAGAACCUCAAGGUGCUCCGGGUGAAGUUUGACGACAGCAGGGAGCUGCCCGGCUGGCUGUACGGCCUGCGCAGCCUGGAGGAGCUCUACCUCACGGGCUCGCUGAGCUCCGACGUCUCCAAGAACGUGGUGCUGGAGUCGCUGCGCGAGCUCAAGUGUCUGAAGGCGCUGACGCUGAAGAGCAACCUGGCCAAGAUCCCCCAGUCCAUCGUGGACGUGUCCAGCCACCUGCUGCGGCUGUACCUGUACAACGACGGCACGCGGCUGGUCAUGCUCAACAACCUGAAGAAGAUGGUCAACCUCACGGAGCUGGAGUUGGUGCGCUGUGACCUGGAGCGCAUUCCCCACGCCAUCUUCAGCCUGUCCAACCUGCAGGGGCUGGACCUGAAGGAGAACAACCUGCGCAGCGUCGAGGAGAUCGUCAGCUUCCAGCACCUGCGCAAGCUCACCUGCCUGAAGCUGUGGUACAACAGCAUUACGUACAUCCCCGAGCACAUCAAGAAGCUGGGCAGCCUGGAGCGCCUCUACUUCAGCCACAACAAGAUCGAGGUGCUGCCCUCGCACCUCUUCCUGUGCAACAAGCUGCGCUGCCUGGACCUGUCCAACAACGACAUCCGCUUCAUUCCCCCGGAGAUCGGCGUGCUCCAGAGCCUGCUCUACUUCUCCGUCAACUGCAACAAGAUCGAGAACCUCCCCGACGAGCUCUUCUUCUGCAAGAAGCUGAAGACGCUGAAGCUGGGCAACAACGCGCUGUCCCUGCUCUCGCCCAAGGUGGCCUACCUGGCGCUGCUCGCGCACCUGGAGCUGAAGGGGAACCACUUCGAGGCGCUGCCCGCCGAGCUGGGCGGCUGCCGCGCGCUGAAGCGCAGCGGGCUGCAGGUGGAGGACACGCUGUUCGAGACCCUGCCCUCCGAGGUCCGGGCCCAGAUGAAGACGGAGUGAGCCGGCGUGCCUUACGCCCCCUGACCCCAAGUGCCGGCUCCCCCGUCCGUGGGUCUGUCCGUCUCCCGGAGGUCAUACUUAGUACCCUGCUGCGUGUGAGUAUGACCGGAGCCAUACCAUGAGUUAUGUUGUGCUACGAUGUCAUUCUAUGACGUCCUGCUCCAUAUCAGUGUUGUGUCAUACGACUAGUGUGACGUCCUACUAUGACUAAUAUAACAUGCUUUAUAUUAGCGUGAUGUUGUGUGACAUAUGGCUAUUUGUCAGUGUGAUGUCAUACCAUGUAUCGGUGAUGCCAUGCUAUGACGUCAUCCUAUGACAUGAGGCUUUAUAUCAGUAUUAUGACAUACUGCUCUUCAUCAGUGUGGUGCGGAAGAUGAACACUCUUGUUAUUUGGUGACUGCUGGGUUGACGAUGAGUUUGUAUUUCUGGGACCAGGCUGACAUGGAUCUAUGUUUCUAUGAUGGCUGAACCCUCAAGGAACCAGGACAGACUCCUGUAGUGACCAAACACACACGCCCUAGUCCCUAACGAGCUGUUCCUACCCGCUCCCUAACGAGCUGUUCCUACCCGCUCCUUAACGAGCUGUUCCUACCCGCUCCCUAACGAGCUCUUCCUACCCACUCCUUAACGAGCUGUUCCUACCCUCUCCUUAACGAGCUGUUCCUACCUGCUCCUUAACGAGCUAUUCCUACCUGCUCCUUAACGAUCUGUUCCUACCUGCUCCUUAACGAGCUGUUCCUACCUGCUGCUUAACGAGCUAUUCCUUCAUCUAUCUGUAAUCACCUUUUGUCACUUUGGAUAAAACGUCUCACUAAAGUUAAGAAGCUCAUGGCAGAUUUGAUGCUUUGGGACGACAACAGACAUGAACAGCACUGAGGAGAUCAGCACAAGGACGCCUGCUGUUCGCUGUACAGGACCUACGUAGGCAGGAGUAAAGAUUGUUUGGGUUGUUGUAAAGUUUCUUUGUUAACCAUCCUAUAAACAGAACCACGUAGGCCUUGUCCUUUAAGUAAGAGAAAGCUUCCCUUAAAGUAGCUUGAGACUUGAGAAACGUAAGGUCCAGUCAGAGACGAUCAGGGUAACUCAUAACGUACCUCAUGAUGCUAGUGUGGGAUCAGCUAGCGUUUCCUACCAUUCGCGACAGUGUCAUGGAAAUGUUGUUCUGUUCUAGGAAGCUAAUAUUUAUGGCGCUAGCCAUCCAAAGGGAAUGUUAUGCUGUUAUUAUGCAAUUAUCAUUUGGUUCAUGAAUUAUACACACACGCGCCUGAACUUGAGGAAAAUGUAUUUUUAUAAGCAAUUUUGUCAUGUUAGAUAAUAAAAAAAAUAGUUGGUUUAAUUAUAGUUCGAAU